AUGGAGGCAUCGUUGAGUAGAAACAAAGGAAGUUAUCUAAAAUGCAGUGAAAUUGGCUUUCAUAAUUUGGGGCCAUUCGGUGGAGGAGGUGGGUUUGACUGCGACGAUGGAAAUUUCGAAGGAAUAAAUGGAAUUACUGUAAUGACGAGUUAUAUUGAUGGAAUUUUGCUUUCCAUUCAAGUUAGUUAUGCUACUGGAAAGGACACCACUCAUACAGGACCUCAACACGGAGGAGCAGGGAAGGAAAUUUGUACAAAAUUUGAGUACACAACUGAAAAGCUUCAAAAGAUAAGUGGAUAUUGUGGACUUGUAGAAGGAUCGUGGACAGUCAUCAAAGGUUUGUCGUUUGAAACCAACCUUGCAAAAUAUGGUCCAUUUGGUGUAGCAGAUUGGGCUAUAUUUGAGUUUGAUUUGAGAUCAAGGGAUGUAGUUGGUGUUUAUGGCCGAGCUUGUGAUAGGUAUUUGGGCUCUAUUGGUCUGCGCACACUUUUUUAA